GCGGAUUUGUAUAUUCUGUGCGCACCGCCAUAACAAAUUUACCUAGAUGCCUAUCCCCCCUCUAAUACGUCGCAUACCCGUUAUCUACCCCAUCACCACCUCUGCAUCCAAACACCCCCCAUCCCCGUCUCUGCCAGUCCUGUUUCUCUGACGGGAUACGACCAAUCAACCUAGUUUUGUGUUCCCCUCUGGCUAUCAUUAUAUCAUUGUUAUCGCUAACGAGGAGGACCUAACUUCUGCUGCACAUUGCUAGAUCAUGUCCCAAGAGACCGGACUUUGGAGCGUCCGCCGACCUCGAGAGACACUAGGUGGCAUCAAUCCAAAUUCCGCGACAGCUCAGCCUUCCUCUGCAAUGAAGAGAUCGAAUUCGAUUAGCGGAAAUGGCGCCUUCGCCAGCAGUCACAUGCGAUCGGUGUCGGGAUCUAGGCAAUCCCUCGCCCUCGGCCGUCCUAGCCAGCCCAUGUUUUCACGAACGUCCUCCGGCACUAACCUGGCCGAGGCCGGCAUGUCCUCGGUGAAACGGUCGUCUUUUCAGAACAAUCCCGGCUCUGCCCUGAAAAGCUACGCGUCCGGCGGCGUGCCGAUGCGAAACUCGGAGAACGACCGAAGGAGCAGUGUCUACCGCUCGCGAACCUCCACCAACGGGCCCGGCAGCCAUCAGAGCUUCUUCCAACAGGCGCCGCAAGCCGCCGGAGUCCCGCGCGACCCGCGGCCGUUGAGAGAUCGCUCGUUCCAGGCGCGCAUCGGCCAGGAGCUCUUGGAUUACCUCUCUCAGCACAAUUUCGAGAUGGAGAUGAAGCACACCUUGUCGCACAAUAUCAUCAAGUCGCCAACCCAGAAGGACUUCAACUACAUGUUCCAGUGGCUAUACCACCGCAUAGACCCGAGUUACCGCUUCCAGAAGAACAUCGACCAGGAGGUGCCGCCAAUAUUGAAGCAGCUGCGCUAUCCUUAUGAGAAGAGCAUCACCAAAUCGCAAAUCUCCGCCGUGGGUGGCCAGAACUGGAGUACAUUCCUAGGCGUGCUCCACUGGAUGAUGCAGCUAGCGCAGAUGCUCGAGGGAUAUGCCUCCAACCGCUACGACGAAGCUUGUAUGGAGAGCGGGAUCGACGUUGGGGGCGAUCACAUCAUCUUCGACUUUCUCAGCUCAGCGUAUCGGGACUGGCUCGCUAUGGACGAAGACGCCGGUGACGACGACGCUGAGAAGGCGCUCGCGCCUCACGUCGAGGGCAUGGCUAGGGCUUUCGAGAGGUCGAAUUCCAAGUACCUGUCGGAGCUUGAGAUGCUCGAGGCAGAGAAUGCCCGUCUACUCAAAGAAAUCGAGGAUCUCGAGAAGUCAACCCCCGACCCCCGCGUUCUCGACAAUCACUUCAAGAUCAUGGAAGAGGACAAGGUCAAGUUCGAGGAGUACAAUGCGCUCGCUCUAUCGCGGACCGAUAAAUACGAAAGCCGGAUCCAGGUCCUGCAAGAGGAGCUAGAUAAGCUGCUGCAAGAGCUGAAGGAGGCGGAGGAUGAGCGACGGGCGCUACAAAAAGAAGUCGACGAUCAAGGUAUCAGCAUGCAGGAUAUCGACCGCAUGACCUCGGAACGUGAAAGACUACAGAAAGGCAUAGAGUCGGCCACGCAGAGGCUUGACGAGGGCAAGAAGAAGGUAGCAGAAAAAGAAAUGGAAGCCAGCCACAAACUCGACGAGCUAGAGAGGCUCGUAGACAAAUACAACACGCUCGCCUACCAGAUUGGCCUGAUCCCCGCGACGGCUGUCAACGCCAAGGGCGCUUCGUACGAGCUUGCGGUAACAGUCAACGAGUCCGAUUUCACGGGAUCCGUCAUGAAGGGGUCGUAUUCAGGGGGAGGGGGGAGCGAACGCCUACUAGCAGAUCCGGUUACCGGUUACCAACCAGCCCAUAUCUUGAACCUGGAUCUGCGCGGGCAAGUUAAGAACAGCUUCCUAACCCUACGAAAAGACAUUUCCGAGCGGCGCACGGCGGCCAUGGAUGCCAUGAUGAAGGACCACGACCUCCUUGACGGCAUUAAGGAGGCAAUUGAGGACAAACGGAACGAAGUAGAAGCGCUGGAGCAUCGGGUGAGAGCCGCGGAGGAGGAGUAUGAGAAGACAAAAGAAAUCACGACAACACAGAAGCUGGCUUCGGAUGCGCAGAUCGAGAAGAUGGAAAAGGAACUCGCCAAGAUGCGCGCGCAGCUUACUGAAUCUGUGCAACUGAUGGAGCAAAGGGAGAUGAACACCAACAUCGAAUACGAACAAUUAACUCUCCGGGCCAAUGCGCUACGCGAGGAACUACACACUGAAAUCGAGAGGAUGUUGAACGACAUCAUUAAGUUCAAGGUGCAUAUACAAAAGAACCUAGAGGACUACGAGGGCUUCGUGACGGACGAGCUCGAGAAAGAACUCGGCAGUGACGAGGUGAGGGACGAUACCCGUGGCAUCGACAUGUGAUUUACCUGGUAGGACUGCCGCUGUUGCGCUGGGUUUGGAUGGUGUCUGCUGCGCGGAGUUUGGUUGGACUAGCUGUAAUCGCGGAGUAUGCGAUGGUAACGAUUAGGCCAGGGAUACGCUUGUUACAACGGACAGAUUCGCAUUGGGCAUGCCUCUUCAUUAAUUGCCUUGCGCGUUUUCUAUGUAUAUGAUUGCGGUGAUGCGUGGUGUACGUGGUUGAACGCGUCUCGUGUGUAUAAUUCUAUACUACUACGUAGUAGUCGGCAAGGGGGUAGGAUUCCAUAACGAAAGGUGUCUCAUGAG